AUGCCCCAUUUCCCUUUUUGUCUUGCAGCUGUCUCCAACCUGGACAUUGAGAGUAAGCUGAGCGUGUACUACCGUGCACCGUGGCACCAGCAGAGAAACAUCUUCCUCCCGGCCACGAGGCCACCCUGUGUGGAGGAACUGCACCGCCAUGCCCGGCAGAGCCUGCAAGCCCUGCGCAGAGAACAUCGGAGCCGGAAUGAUCGCCGGGAGCAAAGAACUGCUGUGCCCCUUUCUGUAACUGCUCCUCCAUUGCCAGCGUACCCCCCAGCUCACAGCCAGAGGAGGCGCGAAAUUAAGGAACGUCACUUCUUAACGUUUAACAGCACCCGUUCGCCCUCCCCCACUGAGUGUUGCCACAUGACCCCAUGGAGUAGAAAGUCCCAUCCCCCGGAGGAUGAAGAUACAGAUGUCAUGUUAGGACAAAGGCCGAAAAACCCAGUACACAAUAUCCCCUCCACACUGGACAAGCAGACCAACUGGAGCAAAGCACUACCUCUCCCGACACCAGAGGAGAAGAUGAAACAAGAUGCUCAAGUGAUUUCUUCUUGCAUUAUUCCCAUCAAUGUCACUGGAGUUGGUUUUGACAGAGAAGCUAGUAUACGCUGCUCUCUUGUUCAUUCACAAUCUGUACUACAGCGGAGACGAAAACUGAGGAGGAGGAAAACCAUCUCUGGUAUCCCUAGAAGAGUCCAACAAGAAAUAGACUCUGAUGAAUCACCCGUGGCCAGAGAAAGGAAUGUGAUUGUGCACACAAAUCCAGACCCUUCCAACACUGUCAAUAGGAGGUCUGGAACCAGGGACUCUGAGUGCCAAACUGAGGACAUUUUGAUUGCUGCUCCAUCCAGAAGGAGAAUCAGAGCUCAAAGGGGUCAAAGUAUUGCAGCUUCUCUUUCACAUUCGGCAGGCAACAUUUCUGCAUUGGCAGACAAAGGUGAUGCCAUGUUUACAACUGCAGUGAGUAGCCGCACAAGAUCUCGGAGCCUUCCCCGAGAGGGCAAUAGAGGUGGAGAUGGUGAGCCCAAAGUUGGUCUUAAACCCUCAGCAUAUGAAGAGGGAGAGCCUUUUGUGGGUGAUCAAGAAAGAAUUCCUAAUGAUUGCAGUGAGGCCCCCAGCAGCCCAAGUGCCCAGGAACACCAGCCUGCUUUGGAUCUGGCCUGUUCUCAACAUCUCCACAGCCCCCAGCACAAGUUAAGUGAGAGAGGGAGGUCACGUCUGUCCCGAAUGGCUGCUGACUCUGGAAGUUGUGACAUCUCCUCCAACUCAGACACCUUUGGGAGCCCCAUCCACUGCAUCUCCACGGCUGGUGUCCUCCUCAGCAGCCACAUGGACCAGAAAGACGAUCACCAGUCAUCCAGUGGCAACUGGAGUGGGAGCAGCUCCACAUGCCCCUCACAGACCUCAGAGACAAUCCCUCCUGCAGCUUCUCCCCCCCUCACUGGUUCUUCACACUGUGAUUCAGAGUUGUCACUAAACACAGCCCCUCAUGCUAAUGAGGAUGCCAGUGUCUUCGUGACAGAGCAGUACAAUGACCACUUGGAUAAAGUGAGAGGCCACCGGGCAAACUCCUUUACCUCCACUGUGGCAGAUCUCCUGGAUGACCCCAAUAAUAGCAACACAAGUGACAGUGAGUGGAAUUACCUACACCACCAUCAUGAUGCCUCCUGCCACCAUGAUUUUAGUCCUGAGCGCCCCAAGGCAGACAGCUUGGGCUGUCCAAGCUUCACAAGCAUGGCCACUUAUGAUAGCUUUCUGGAAAAGUCUCCAUCAGACAAAGCUGACACUAGCUCUCACUUUUCAGUGGAUACAGAAGGAUACUACACCUCCAUGCACUUUGACUGUGGUCUCAAAGGUAGUAAGAAUUAUGUCUGCCACUAUGCAGCCCUGAGCCCAGAGAAUGGCCAGGGCAUUGGAGCUCCUCCUACUCUUCAAGACUGUGCCUGGCAGGACUACUUAGAUCACAGGAGGCAGGGGAGACCAAGCAUCUCUUUCAGGAAACCAAAGGCAAAGCCGACCCCACCUAAAAGGAGCUCAUCAUUGAGGAAAUUCGAUGGAAAUGCAGACAUUUCUGAAAAGAAAGAACCAAAGAUUAGCAGUGGCCAGCUCCUGCCUCACAGUUCCAGGGAAAUGAAGUUGCCUCUUGAUUUCUCCAACACGCCUUCUCAAAUGGAAAAUACCAAUAUUUCCACCAAGCAAGAACCUUCCUGGAUUAACCAGGAUGAACAUGGUAGUAAAGAACCUCAGUUAGACACUUCAGAUAUUCCACCAUUCAAAGAUGAAGGUGCUGAAUCAACUCACUAUGCAGACCUCUGGCUUCUAAAUGACUUGAAAACAAAUGAUCCCUACAGAUCUUUAUCUAAUUCAAGCACUGCUACGGGUACCACAGUUAUUGAAUGCAUCAAAUCUCCAGAGAGCUCUGAAUCCCAAACAUCCCAGUCAGAAUCAAGAGCCACGACUCCAUCCCUUCCUUCUGUUGACAAUGAGUUUAAACUGGCUUCACCAGAAAAGUUGGCUGGCUUGGCAUCUCCAUCAAGUGGCUACUCAAGCCAGUCUGAAACACCAACAUCCUCUUUCCCUACAGCUUUCUUUUCUGGUCCAUUGUCUCCUGGAGGUAGCAAAAGAAAACCGAAAGUCCCAGAAAGGAAAUCCUCACUACAGCAACCUUCUUUAAAAGAUGGAGCUCUAUCACUAAGUAAAGACCUUGAACUUCCAAUUAUACCUCCUACCCAUCUUGACCUAAGUGCUCUUCAUGUCUUGAAUAAACCAUUCCACCACCGUAACCCAUUGCAUGUUUUUAGUCAUAAUAAGCAGAAUACAGUAGGGGAAACACUGAGGUCAAAUCCUCCACCAUCCCUUGCAAUUACACCAACAGUCUUGAGAUCUGUUAACCUUAGGUCCAUCAGCAAGUCUGAAGAAAUUAAGCAAAAAGAAGGCAAUAAUAUGGAACACCCCUACUUAGAGCAAAGCACUCUCACAAUGGCUGCUCUAUCUCCAGGUAAGAUUAGGCCACAUACAGCUAAGAAAUCACUAUCACGUCAGUACUCCACUGAAGACACCAUAUUGUCCUUUUUUGACUCCUCUUCCGUUGAGAUGAGACCAGAUAAACUACAGUUAGGAAAAAAACAUGCUUUUGAUGUAAAGAAUCAUUGUGAUCCAGAAACAGUAACCUCAGCUGGUAGCAAUCUUCUAGAUUCAAGUGCCAUAAAAGACCAAAUACAUAUGGAGAGUGAGCCUAUUCCAGAAAACACACCAAGUAAAAAUUGUGACUUUCCCAAAGAAGGAUUUCAAAGGGUCUCUGCUGCCCGCUCAAAUGAUUUGGAUGGUAAAAUACUACAAUAUGGAGCUGAUCCAGAUGGAAUCCUUGCACAGGUCCAGAAGGCAUCCUCUGUAGAGCAGGAGGAAGUUGUACAUCCUGAGUCCGUGGAUGUGCUUACAUCUCAAUCAAAUUCACCAACUAGAGCCACAGACAUAAGCAAUCAACUUAAGCAUCAACUUGGGAUGAGCCGCUACCAUGACAAAGUGCCUGGGAAUAUCAGCUAUGAAGCAGAGCUAUCAACUGUAAAUUCAUGCCCUGAAAAAUGUUCAGAGCAGGAAAAUAUUGCUUCAGGUAUUUCAGCCAAAAGUGCCUCUGAUAACAGCGGAGCAGAGGAGACCCAAGGAAGUAUGGAUGAGGUUUCAUUGAAAGAAUCGUCACCAAGUGAUGACUCUAUGAUUUCACCACUUAAUGAAGACUCUCAGACUGAACUGGAAGGUGUGUUUGUAUCUCCAAACAAACCUCGAACAACUGAGGAUUUAUUUGCAGUCAUUCACAGGUCUAAAAGGAAAGUACUUGGAAGAAAAGAUUCUGGGGACAUGUCUGUUCGAAGCAAAUCAAGAGCUUCCCUUGGCAGCAGUAGCAGUAGCAACACUGGUUCCGUCACUUCACCCAACAGCAAUGUGACCACCGCCAACAGCCAGAGGUCUCCUGGCCUCAUCUACCGAAAUGCUAAGAAGUCCAACACAUCCAAUGAAGAGUUUAAGCUGUUACUCCUCAAGAAAGGCAGUCGUUCGGAUUCCAGUUAUCGCAUGUCUGCUACUGAGAUUCUGAAGAGUCCCAUCCUGCCUAAACCUCCUGGGGAGCUCACAGCCGAGUCUCCCCAAAGCACCCAUGAGGCCCAUCAGGGGACACUUGGGGCUGAGGCAUUGUCCCCACUCUCUCCAUGCUCCCCACGAGUUAAUUCAGAAGGAUUUUCCUCGAAGAACUUUGCCACCUCAGCAUCAGCAAGGGUUGGACGUUCUCGGGCUCCUCCUGUGGCCAGCAGCAGCCGCUACAGUGUCCGCUGCAGGCUGUACAAUGCGCCCAUGCAGGCCAUCUCUGAGGGGGAGACAGAAAAUUCUGAUGGGAGCCCACAUGAUGACCGAUCCUCUCAGAGCUCAACAUAGGUAGCCCGUGCUAGACUGGCUAUCAAAGGCCAAAACCCUUAGUCUAUGAGUAUGGGGGAAUAGAACAGAAAGCUAGGGAGAAGUCAGCAUGUCACAGGGUACCAUCACUUACUACCAAUGAAUUCCUAAAUAUUUGCUGGGGAAACAGAAGGUGGUUUAGUCUUUCUUGAUUAUUUUCCAUGUUUUAAGUAGCUGUACUGUCUUUCAUAUUUUUCUUUAGCUUAGUUUGAUUUACUCAAUGCCAUUCUUUUUGAUAACAUAGAAUUUUAAAAUGUCUGCUUUUCAUGAAACCUAGAAAACAAUUUUCCCAGAGCUGCCUAUUCAGAAAAGAAAACCCUCACUGUCAUAAUUCUUAAAAAGAUGAAAUUACUCUGGAGGUUUGGUAUUUUUUUACAUUAAAAUGAACUAAAGCAAAAUUUAGAAGAAAGAACUACACAUAUGUAAAUACCAUAUUUUUGAUAAAAAUGUGUAAAUAGAUUUAUCAAUGACAAGUGGACAUGUGGCCAAUUAUCUACUGCACACCAACUGUUUAUAGAACAUAACAGAUAAAGUGUAAUAAUUGUAUUCUGUGAAUACCAUUUUCAUAUUAAUUACCAUAUUUAAAUGUCCACCAAUAUGAUUUCUGCGUGAUAAACCUCAUAUAUGAAUUUUAAACUAGUGAAAUAAAGGAAAUCUUGAGGUCAUAUACUGAAAUGUGAUUAAUUUAAAAUAAGGAAUUCAGACCUAACUAUUUUUGUGACAAAUUGCAGCACCAAACAAGCUAAUAGUAAUUAUCAUGUGGCUAUGAUUUGCCAUAUGGUAAUUUGGACAGAAUGAAAAGCAUGCUUUUGAUUUUUUAAUCAAUGAGAGAAAUAAUCAUUCUCAAUACAAAACCCUGAACAACAACAUUUGACAGUGUCCUUUAAACUUUAAUUUUUCAAUGAAUUGCUUUAAAGAGAAUGAGCAGGGAAAACUAGUUAAUUUUAGAUUAUGUUUUAUAUUAGGCUCCCAGAGACAUAAAAAGUCAUAAUCUAAUGACUAUAAUUUUAAAACUCCUUAAACAGUCUAGAAAUUAGUUCCAGGUUCUUUAACUAACAAAAAUAAAACAUAAGCAUGCUACAGAGUUGUUGAUUUAUAAGUAAAUACCUGCAAUGAGUUUUCAGUGAAGCUUCUCUCUGUGCUGAUGAGAUUUGUGCUACCUAAAAAUUAACAGAAAUGACACUGUGAACAAUGUAGUUGGGAAAUAGGUAUGUGUAUAUGCAUUAUUUAUAUUCACUGUUAAGCUGGGAAUGGGGGACAGCUCUGGUUCACAAUGCUACAUACACCUGAGUUUUUGUCUGAUUUUACUAUAUCUGCUUGAUGGCAAAAGGGGAGGGGUGGUGGGUGGGAAAGGAAAUGUCAGAGCAAGUGCUCUGAUAAAAAAUGAAGGCAGGGAAACAAGCUGAAUUACUUGAAAUUACUUGAAUUUUCUUGUCUUAAGAUGGAAAAAAAUGUAGUUACAAGUUGAAAUCUGCAAAUAGUUUUUACACCUCUGAUUUUAACAUGAACUGAUGUUAAUGUUUGAAAUGUCAGAAAUAUAAGUAGUUAUAUAUUUAGAAUAUGUUUUGAAUGGGAAAAGGUAGCAAGUGGAGAUAACUAAGGAGGGAUAUGGCCUAUAAAAGAAUAGAAUGCAAUUAGAAUGAUAGAACAUACCAGAGUUACCAAGAAAUUGAUAUGCGUCUGGCUUUAAGCUUAUGCAAGUGGCAUUUGGGAAAGUAGGAUGUGUGAAAAAGGGGGUGUGGUUUUGAUUUCAUUCAUGCAAUAUGAAGGGAGAAACCUGGUCUAAGAAGAUGGUGUAUUUCAAAAGAAACACUUUCUAAGAUGUUACAGAUUGAGAAUUAGAGAAUCUGAUUCUGUUGGGUUUUUUUGUUUGUUUGUCUGGAAAAAGAGAACAAGUCUGGCUUCUAUUUGUUUUCACUAUCAAAUUGUGUUACUUAAUUUCUUGUCAUCCUUGUAUGUAAAAUGGGUGCAGGGGGUGGCGGGGUAGAGGAGGGAGAAUGUGUAUGUGUGUGUGCAUGUGCACGUGCGUGCACACGCACGCUCUUGGGCUGGGAUAGAUAAGCUACCUGGUAAAGGGUACAUUUGAACAUUUAUGAAAUGUUAUACUUUUUAUUAAAAGAAAUAUGUUUGGGGUUUGAAAAAAAUGUACCAUCAUUUCUCAUUGGAACCCAUGACUUAAGAAAACCAACAUGGUUUGGCACCACAUGGGAACAUGAAUAUCUUUUUCUCAUGCUUUGAAAAGUACACUUGGCAAAAUUUUAAAAAAUAAAGUUUUUAGACAAAUGUGGUAAGAAACAGUCAUUUCCAGUCACAAUAGGUUAUCUUUUGUAAUUUUCAUAAAAGCAGUUCGUUUGCAGUAUGGCUUUGUGUAGUUAGGGGGGUUUUAAGUGUUAAGAAAGGUAUGUGGGCUUUAAAAGUGAUUCUAAAUCUUGAAUAGAAACAUGAAUUGGCUUUAAUAAAUGUCACCUUUUUAUUAUUGACAUUAAUUUAAGUAAUGGUACCAUGUAUAGCUUAAAAUACAUAUUGACUUGAAUUGUGAGGCAAUAAGAUACCUUCUAUAUGUAAUGAUCACAGAACUAACCCUUAUAAUAUAGUUUUACUUAUUUUGUUUACUCUAAAAAUCUAUAGCAGAGUUUCUCUAUUUUAUAUUUCAUAGAUUUAAAAAAACCCAAAUAAAGAUAGAUUUUAAAUUCACUGUGGAAAAUACUAUUGAGUAACAAACUGAGUAAAAAAAAAAAAAAGCAAGGAAUUCCUUAGUAAUCUGGAAUAUUCUACAUGGCUUUGUUA